UGACUCAUGCCUUGUCUUUUUAUUCAAGGUCUAGGAUGGGUGCGAAACAAAAGUGUCAAGAAUCAUUUCCAAGACCUGCGUCCUGAGCAUGAGAAGGCCAUUCAUCCAGACUCAGUCAGCAAAAAAACUGGCAACUGUAAAUAGUACACUGACCUCACAUACUUCCACUAUCAGAAAGGAAAACCUAAGAAAACUGAUGUGUUUGAUUCAGAGCAACUACCAAAUAUCUUGAACAGAUGAACAUUCAGAUUGAAAGCAACGAUGAUAAUGAACACUCAGCUGCUGAGCCAGUUCAUCUCCCCGUACACUGGUCGCAUGUAUGGUCGUCAUGUCACAGGACUAUGCUUACACAUGCAGAGACGAGUGGCCAGGGAAGUACGCAUAGCUAAAUUGAUCGGUUACUUGCCCUUCAUGAACAAGCCUGUGAAAUAUUUGGAAGACCCGAUGCUGUUCAAUCCAUUCUCUAGAAAGACAUUAACUUUGUUUUUGAUUCCAUGUCAUACAUAGUGUAAUAAAUUAAUUUGUAUGCAUAAUUUUAAA